AAACGCACUAACACUAAAUAGGCACGCUACCAGAAAACUCCACAGUCCACACCAAACGACAAACAAGCAAACAUCCUCUUCCACCUUUUCUCUCUCUCUAUCCUUCUCUGCGAUAGUCCCCUCGCCGGGAAAUUCUCCGUCUCCGACGAGUUUUCCCCAGACAUGGCAACAAACCCACCUCAGGAAGGAUACCCCACGGACGACUUCCUUGAGCAAAUUCUCCAACUCCCUUCCUACUCCGGCUUGCCAGUAAACGACGUCGGAAGCACGUCGGACACGGCCUCGCUUAACUCUGCUGUCUCUCAGCUCAGCUCCGUCGCUGGCGGUCUACACCAUCAUCAACAGCUGUUCCCUUUAGGUCUUAGCUUGGAUAAUGGCCGCGAUGACGUCACUGACACUGGAGCUUUUGGUGUUAAAGCAGAUAGAGGGGAAGCUGUAAAUAUGGGAAGCUUGUACCCGGGCUUUGAACAAAUGCAGCCUCACGGGAUGCGGCAUGCUGCACCUCAUGUCCAGCAGGCUUUUCAGGGCCAACCGACACCAAGCACUGCAGUGACUGUCCCACAUCCACCUGCCAUUAGGCCAAGGGUUCGUGCCCGAAGAGGACAAGCGACAGAUCCCCAUAGUAUUGCUGAGAGGCUACGUAGAGAGAGGAUAUCAGAAAGAAUAAAGGCCUUGCAGGAACUUGUUCCUAGCUGCAACAAGACAGACCGAGCUGCAAUGCUUGAUGAGAUUCUAGAUUAUGUGAAGUUCUUAAGGCUUCAGGUCAAGGUAUUGAGCAUGAGUAGGCUAGGGGGAGCUGGUGCAGUGGCACAACUUGUUGCUGACAUUCCAUUGCAGACUGUUGAGGGCGAUACUGGUGAAAACAUAUCCAACCAGCAAGUUUGGGAGAAAUGGUCCAACGAAGAAACAGAACGGGAAGUAGCUAAGCUAAUGGAAGAAGAUGUUGGGGCUGCAAUGCAAUAUCUUCAAUCUAAAGCACUUUGCAUCAUGCCCAUAUCACUUGCAGCACUUAUCUAUCCUACUCUUCAAUCAGAGGAGCCCGCACUUGUGAAGCCUGAACCACCAGCCCCUUCAUAAGCACCAAAUUUCUUGCACGUGCCUAUUAGAACUCCCAACCUCACCUCUUUACAUUUUUCUCCAUCAGCAAUUAUGUUUGUGCUUACAAUCCAUGGCAGUGCAAUCUAAGUCAGAUACCAUUACCAUGCUUCUAGCUUUAGCCCUCCUUUUUGGACCAUCUGUUUUGACCAUGAAGUUUUAGUUGGACGACUUAAUGAUGUCAUUCCCCCAUGAAAGCUUGACAGAUGUAGGCACUUUAUCUAAAUUAAUUGCUCGGAUGGAGGGAUUGCAAACUAAAUAUUAUCCUUCAAGUGCUACUCCCCCUUUUGGCUUGUGGGAUUGUGGGGAUCAUUUUGUAGUUUGUGGAUAGUGGGACAUUGUAAAAGCGAACAGCUACUUGUGAUUAUACCAUAUUCUAAGAUUUUGAUUCAGGCAUGGCUAGUAAAAGUGGUUACAAGUACA